AUGGCGCGCGUCGCCCGCCUCCAGCUGGCUCUGGCCGCCGCCCUGCUCGCCGCCGCCGCCCUCGCCGCCCCAUCCUCCCUACUGGACGCCCCCAGCGACGCCGCCGCUGCUGCAGACUGCAACAAGGACGAGACGGUGUACGACCAGCGGCAGAACGGCUCAGAGAACUACCGCGUGCACGUGGACGGCGUGGUGGUGGCCGUGGUGCCGGCCGAGGUGCUGGUGCCGCUCGUGGUGGGCGCCUCCUCCAACAGCGACCUGGAGCACCAGCUGGAGGAGCUGCUCGCCAGCGCCGGAGCCGGAAGUGGGGGCUCGGGCUCAGCCUCCGGCAAGCCGCAGCCGCCUGCAGAGGGCGGUCACUCCAAGCCGCCCGCCAAGCCGACGCCUCCUCCACCCACACCUCAGUCCACCACCUCUGAGGACAGCAAGCUGCCUCAGGGAGGCGAGAAGCCCAAUAAGGGUAAGUUGCGCCUGUCGCACCUGCUGCUGCCUCUGCUUCGGCGGUUGUAGGCAGGGAGUGGCGGGCAGCGGGAGCCGCCACCCUGCUGCGGCUGCGGCGCGGCUGGACGCAGCACGCAGCUGCUUCUUCCCUCCACGACUCUUCACUCCACACGACGACCCGUCUUUUACGAAGAUUGCCACUCUCCAUCGCUAACUACCGUCUCAAGGCUGAGCUCUGUCGAAG